AUGAGUGGAGCAGCUUCAGAAGCUGGCGCGACUACCACCUCGAGGACCAAGGAUGGCAUCCCAACAUGGAGUGGGGAAGCAAGCUCAUUUGUUUCCUACGAGGAGGCGGCUCUCUUAUGGGAGCAGUCCUUGACCUGGGAGAAGAGAUACACAGCAGGACCGCGAUUGAUGCAGGAACUCACAGGUGCUGCGAGACGGCUUGUGUCAGGCCAACCAGCGGGCUGGGUGGCAUAUCGCGGAGGGGUUCGGGUCCUUAUGGACCAUUUGAGACGAGCCCUAGGAAAACCCAGGGUGAACGAGGUGACGGAUUUGCUGGCAACGUACUUCAAAGGUACAAAAAAGGCGCAGUGGAGAGCCUCCAAAGCGGCUUCGAGACCGACGGCGCCUACGGCAUCUUCCGGAUGGGCAAGCGAGCGGCGCAGCAGUGGCGACUGGAGCCGCCAGUGGACUCCAGGACCGGAGGCGGAGGAACCGCCGCUCCGGGCCACUGAGGAUGGCGAGGAUGGCUCUGCGGAAGGCUCCACGAGGCCCACCGAGGUCGAGGAGGAGCCCCACGACCCUUGGAGGAGCUACUCGCAGACUCAGUGGAACCCAUGGGGCAACUGGGGCUGGUCGUCUACGUGGUACGGCCAGGGCUACCAAGGGCGCUACGAUUGGUCUUCGUGGACGGCGUCUACUACCACCAGUGGCGGAGCAGAGGGCAACCGGACAAGUGAGCUGUUGCCUACCUUCAUCCAAGGGUGGUACCUCCUCAUGGACGCCAACCUGGACCAUGGAGAAAGGAACCUGGUGGUCACGGCCCUGAGUGGGAACUUCCACCCACAAAAGGUGGGGCAAGAGCUCAGGAAUCAGUUUCCUGAGGGCGAAACUCGCCGACGUGACCAAGGACGCCGGUUCCAGAGCUACUUGGGCGAGAUGGCCGAGGACUUCGACGACACGGAAGAGUUCUACGAGGAGGGGAACACCACGGAGGAGCUUGCGGCGGGAGGACUCAAUGAGGAAGGGAUCGCCCUUGUUGUGGACGCGGAGCAACAAGUGCAGGACGCCAUGGCAGCAAUGAACGAUGCAAAGCGAACCCUUCGUGAAGCACGCUUCAAACAGAAGCAGAUCAAGCAGAACCGCCGCUACUACCAAGGCUUCGGGAAAGGCGGUCGUGGUGGAGCCUCAAGCUUCAAUCGGGUUCGAGAUGACUCGAACAUUGAAUGUCUGGGGUGCGGACAGAAGGGCCACCGGGUGGCAAACUGUCCCAACAAGGCCACAGCAACCGCAGCCUCCGCCGAGGCCUCGGGAGAACCUCAGCAAGCCCCCUUCGUGUGCUUCAUGGACGCGGUGAUCGAUGACCAGGCCACCAUGCAAAAGGACCAGGGCUUUGUGGGCUACGCGGAGGAAGCCUAUGCCACCGGGACAACCACGACGAAGGACCCGCAGCUCACCACUGCAGAGGCAGUCCGUCGUGGCAUGUGUGUGAUAGACGGUGGAGCCACACAGACCAUCGGCAGUGUGAUGGCGAUCGAGGCUAUCUUGGACCGCAACCGCUUCAAACAUGGUGAGUCGGGACUCUCCGGGGUGGAUUCAUCGAAUCCACCCAGUUUUUCCUUUGGGAAUAGUACAGAGAACCGAUGCCUUAGCACUGCGAAGCUGAGGAUUUCCGCGAAUGGAGCUCCUGGAGAGCUCCGAAUCCACGCGCUGGACUCGGGAAGCAGUCCAGUGCUUUUGAGCAUAGAGACGCUCAGACGGUUAGGUGCCCUCAUAGAUUUUGAGCACGACCUGUUGGUGUUCAGGAACUUGGAUGCUCAGCGUGUGAUUAAGCUUGAAAGAGGUCUCACUGGACACCAACUGAUGGAUUUAACGGAAGACUGGCUUCGCAGAGCGUUGCCGGCUGAGCGUGCUAUCGUGAACGUGACAACCUUGGCUCAGCACCUAACGCCCCAGCAGAUUGUGUCGGUGACGGUGAACAUGGACUCGUGGAACAAGCCCGAAUUGGUGUUGUUCCUCAGGGGCUAUGGCGAGGAGCCUCCCCGCGCUUGGGGAAAGGUGGAACUUCGCCAACGGAUCCAGGACCUCGUGAACAGCGGCGAGGUCGAACUCCCAACACCGGCGUCUCGCAACAAGACGCCGCUGCAGGUGGCCACCACAGCCUUGAACCAGGCGAGCAAGAAGAAGGGGGUCCUGAUCAAGUAUGCCGAGGAGAACUACGGGAUCCGUGCCACCACGAACGACACAAUCGGGACCUUGCAGCGCAAGGUCAUGGACCAACUGCUGGGCUCUGUGACCCCAGUGGGACGAGAGCUCAUGGGGUUUGGGAAGUUCUCGAGCCGAACAUACCGCCAGGUACUCGAGGACGAGCCAAAGUACACCGAAUGGGCCAAGCAGACAGCCCACGAAGGCCAAAGCUCGGUCUACCUACAGCGCUUCGUGAGAUGGGUGGAGGACUAUGCCGAUUUCGAGGAGCCUGUCAAGGGCGAGGUUGCUGCGGACCACAAGAAGACGAUCCUGCCGAAGGCGAAGAGCAAGACGCCACCAAUGGCGACCAAAGGAUAUCCAACGGAAGUGGAGGGUGCCAACAGUGCGGGAUCGAUGAUGGCUUCCGAGGAGACGGUCAAGAACCUGACGAUGAUCGUGGCUCAGUUGGCCCAAGAGGUCAAGUCGAUGAAGGAGGAGAAGGGCGAGAAGCCACGCAAGAUCGUGGCCAAGGAUGCGGAAAUGGCCACCAAGCAGGGUCUUGUGGGGUUCGAGAGACCGGAGCUUCUUGAAAUCAUGUGCGAGCCAGACAGCAUUCUGUCCCAGACCUUCCAAGCAAGGUGUUUGAGGUUGGAUCCUGCUGGGGCCUUCAGAAGCCAUGCGAUUGAAGAGUGGUGUGACAAGCAUCAGAUUUUCUUGGACAUAGUUCCGGGUGAGGCCCAUUGGAAGAUAGGCACGGUUGAGAAUGCGAUCAAGGGUCUUAAAGAAGUCAUGCACAAGCUGUGUUUGUACGAUACUGAGAUAUCUACGACUGAAGCUCUGUCGGAAGCCGUGGCCUCCUUCAACCAUCGCGAGCUGAUCCGAGGCUACUCUCCGGCCCAACAUGUGUUAGGGCAAGCUCCUGAUGAGACUGGUCGUUUCGUAGCCUCCUGUGAUGCCGUGCCACCGGGACUGUUGUGCGAAAGUGCCCAAGGCGAGUUUUCCCGCUCAGUGAAGUUGCGAGCAGAGGCUGAGAAGGCUUUGUGUGAGUGGAACGCGAAUCAACGGCUACUGAGGGCCACUCACUCCAGACACAGACCCUGCUAUGAUUAUCAACCAGGAGAACUGGUGUUUUACUGGCGAUGUCAAGAUGCGACAAAAGGCCGCCGCCAACCAGGUGGUAAACACGGCCGGUUCCUGGGACCGGCACGAGUCCUGGCAGUCGAGAGUCGUAAAGAGCCAGACAGCUCCCUGAGACCAGGGGGCGCGAUCUGGUUAGUUAAGGGGAGAAGCCUCCUCAAGUGCAGUCCUGAACAACUGCGGCGAGCUUCCCAAAGAGAGGAGCUUGUGGAGUCGCUUUCGGACACCCACCAGCGGCAGACGCCAUGGACGUUCCAAACAGUGGCCCAAGAGAUAGGCGGGAAUCGUUUUGAGGACAUCAGUGCUCAACCUGACCUGGAAGAAUGGCGCCGAGCACAACAGCCGGAGGAAGAAGUUCAACCAGUGCGACACCGCAUACGCACUAAACGGGGACUACACCAACGAGACCCUGCUGAUGAUGAGGAGAUGGAACAACAGCCUCCGGAAGAAGCACAGGACCAGGGUCCGGCACUGCGGGAGCGCUCCCGCAGCCGAGGACCUCGUGGAAGUCAAGAAGCGAGCUCAGUGUUCGAGCAACCAGCCGCCUGGUGGAGUGAUGUGCCAAGCAUGCGAUGGCCCACCCAAGAGGCCAGCUACUGGGCAGAUGAAAAGUCGGCCGUCGAGAUUGAGAUUCCUCUUCCGGACAGCCACCGAGGCCGGGAGAAAGCAUGGCGCAAUCUGGGUGCCUACUUCGUGGGAAGCAUGAAAAGGAGAGCAGUGGAACUAUCAGAGAAGAGAAUGACAGCUCAAGAGUUGGAGGCAUUCAAGGGCGCUAAGGCUACAGAGGUCAAGAAUUUCGUGGCGGCAAAAGCAUUCGAGUUGAUACCGGAUCACUUGAGGCCCAGCAAAAAUCAGGCGAUUGGGAUGCGGUGGAUCCUGACAUGGAAGCUGAAAGAGGAUGGCACGAGAAAACCAAAAGCUCGUGCUGUCUUAUUAGGCUACCAAGAUGGAAGCUAUGAACAUCGUGCUACCACAUCUCCUGUCAUGACUCGUCAGACAAGACAGUUGGUUUUACAGAUGGCCGCAUGGAAACGAUGGAAGGUUCAGAAAGGAGACGUGACAGGGGCUUUCUUACAGAGCCGACAGUAUCCUGACAACCUUUACUGUAUUCCAUGUCCAGAAAUCUGCGAAGCCUUAGGUGUGGAAGCAGGGACCAUCACAAAGGUCCAAAAGGCCUGCUACGGAUUGGUGGACGCGCCACUGGAGUGGUACAGGUCUGUUGAUUCAUUUCUCAACGAGUUAGGGCUACAAAGAUGUUGGUCAGAUGCCUGUUGCUGGGUACUCCGAGAACAGGGAGUGCUCAAAGGCAUCAUCUGUGGGCACGUAGACGAUUUUCUGUUUGCCGGGAAAACAGGGGACGCAUCCUGGGAAAGGGUCAUUCAGGCGAUUAAGGAGAAGUUUAAAUGGGGAGACUGGGAAGAAGGGAAGUUCACUCAGUGUGGAGUCGUAGUUCAACAGACCAGCGAAGGGUUUGAGCUUUCCCAACCUACGUAUCUUGAAAACCUCCAUGAAAUCUCCGUGAAUGCCUCCCGUAGGAAGAACCGCCAAGACCCCACAACCGACAAGGAGAAAACGCAACUACGGGCGCUGCUAGGAGGAAUCAGCUGGCACGCCCAGCAGGUGGCUCCCUACUUGGCUGCUGCCGUUAGUUUACUCCUAACCGAGGUUUCCAGAAGUACGGUGGAGACCAUCAUCCAGUCGAACAUCCUCUUGAGCCACGCCAAAGCGAAGCAGAACUACCACAUGAGGAUCCAUGCGUUCAAGCCCGAGGAUGACAUAGUCUUCAUUGGAAGGGUCGAUGCUGCGAAUGGCAACAGGUGCGAUGGCGGCUCAACUCAGGGAAUCUUCAUCGGCGCCACUCCGAAGGAAAUGCUCACUGGAAAUGUCUGUGGAGUCAGCCCUGUCAGUUGGUCUUCACAGAAAAUCGACAGGGCCUGCAGAUCACCAGGGGCUGCAGAAGCACAGGCUGCAGUGAAUGGGGAGGACACCUUGCUUGCAGUACGUCAUCAAUGGAGCGAGUUGAUGUACGGGACGCCAGACCUCCAGGAUCCGUCGGCUACAGUCUCAAGGACAAGAGGCUGUCUGGUGACAGACAGUCGCAAUGUCUAUGACAAGUUGGAGACGGAGGUGAUGGUGGUCAAAGGGGCAGAGAAGAGGACGAGCAUCGAGAUGCUUUCCUUGAAAGAAGCUCAGUUACGGACUGGGCUACAGGUGCGAUGGGUACACAGCGAAGCACAACUUGCCAACAGCUUGACGAAGCAUGGAGGCCAGCGGGAAUACGACCUCUACUACAAGAUGCGUCACAGGUGGCGAUUGGUGGAGGAUGAAUCAAUGAUGUCGGCGAAGCGUCGGAAGGACUGUGGCUUACAACCUCUUGAGUAG